UCAUCCUCGUCGAGUAAAAACGACAAAACCGCAAGCGGAGAGAGCAGAGCAGAGUGGGUGCUGCGAAACGAAGCAAAACAAAACAAUCUCGUUUUUUAGCAUCCGAUUUAGGGAUGGCGGAAGAUCUGGUACUGGACACCGCGAUCAGAGACUGGGUGUUGAUACCGCUCUCGGUGGUGAUGGUCCUAAUCGGGAUCCUCCGGUACUUUGUUUCCAAGCUUAUGCGCUCGUCCUCUCAAGUUCCCGAUGUUAAGAUCAUCAAAGAAGGGCAAGUUAUUGUUAGGGCUCGGAACUUGCGUGCCAGUGCCAAUUUCAUACCUUCCAAGUCCUUUCGCGCUCGAAAGCUCUACUACAACAACGAGGAGAAUGGGUUGUUACAUGUUCCAAAGGGCCAGGCUCAAAAUCCACAAGCACAAAUGUUCUCUGAUCCAAACAUGGCUAUGGAUAUGAUGAAGAAAAAUCUUUCUAUGAUCAUACCCCAGACUCUUACUUUUGCAUGGGUAAACUUUUUCUUCUCUGGCUUUGUUGCAGCAAAGAUUCCCUUUCCACUGACUCAGAGAUUCAGAUCAAUGUUGCAGAAUGGGAUUGACUUGAGCACUGUUGACGUUAGCUAUGUCAGUAGCCGCUCAUGGUAUUUCCUUAAUUUGUUUGGACUUAGGGGUUUAUUUAGUCUCAUCCUGGGUGAAGAAAAUGCAACGGAUGAUACACAACGUAUGAUGCAAAUGAGUGGCUUUGGCUUUGAUCCGUCAAAGAGCUUGGGUGCUGAGAAAGACAGUAUUGACAUAGUCCAACAUGAUUGGGCUCUCCUGAAAUUUGAGCAGCGUGCUGAAGCUACCCUCAAGAAACUCAUCAGCUGAGCAUUAGCCAUUUGUGUCAACUAAAUGAGGCUUACACAGAAUGUGGUUAUUCACUCAUGUUUUUCUCCAUUCAUGGUGGAAUUUCACUGCUGGCUGUGAAGUUGGCAAGACUUCAACAAAUCGAGUAGCUGGGGAUAGUUUUCUUCUUAAAAUGUUAAUUGUACUCUGCAGAAUUUUCCAGAGUGAUGGCCAUACCAACCAUUUCUGAGUAUUGAUCUACUUGGAUCUCUCUUCAUGUAGAAGUAUUCUGCUUAGAUUUCUGUCGGGUUAUUUUUCUUGAAUAGACAUGAUUGUUGUAUGAUACACGGAAACAAUUGAUAUUCCAUUAUUAUGUGAUUUUGGCACUUAAUUAUGGGGAUUA